ACAGUGUGACCGCAGCAGUGGAAGAGAGAAGGUGCAAUACAAUCAGUCGCUGGUCUGUCCACACAUCCAGCAAAGAAAACAACAACAAAAGACAAACAGACAGACAGACAGACAGAGGACCAUGGUAGCGGCAGGAGGAGUCGAAGAGGACGCAGCCAGGGACGUAGCUAAGGACCUCUUCAUAUCCUUCGGCUCCACCACCAUCUCCCUGCCGCCCGCCGUCAGUCAGGCGCUGAUGUGGGGCGCGGGUCUGCACUGGUGGGAGUGGCUGCUCGUGGUGAAGGGAAUCGUGCUGUUCUGGGUCCUCAAUAUCACCAUCGUCCUGCCCUCAGUCUUCAUGCAGGUGAUGCUGUAUACAGACGAGAUGACCUCCCGCCAUGCCCCCUCCACCGUGACCUUGCUUCGGGAGGGUCAACGUCUGCUGACCCUCAUCCUCAACCCCCCUGCCUCUGCCAUAGAGGAAGAAACCCAGCAAAUAGGAGCCAAAGGACGGAGGUUCAGCAAUGCCCACCGGAGGAAGAGGAAGUGUUACAAGACCUGACUGAUGACCUGAACAAACCCAUCAACUCAUCCCCAAUAUUUUCACCACACAUUCACUAGAGACUGUUCCGUGAGGUGACAAUACAAGACCAAAAACCAUAUUCUCAAAUGAUUUCAGCUCUCACAACAACUAUAUAUAUUUCCCAAAAGUCACAAAGGAGAUUAGUUGGAUUAUCAUGAGUGUUUUUCAUAUUUAUGGUGCAAAAGCCUUAUCUUACUAUCACUAUGCUCAUGAAACUGCCCAUUGCACGCCCCACCACAAUCUCUAUGAAUGCCUAAUGUUGGUGUGUAUGCCUAAAAAGUUUGAGAAUAUGGCCAUGGCAAAAUGAAAAUAUAAGUGUGUUGAAAGCAAUAUUAGCCCUGCAUAAAUUCAUCACCUUAUCCUCAGUACUGUUAUCAUAUGCUCACUAGAUUGUUCAGUGUGAUGACAAUAGAAGUAGACAAGAAAACCAUAGUGAAUCAAAGCUAACACAAGAAAAUAGAAGUGUACAGUUAAAAGUGGUCUUGGCUAACAUAAAUUUAUCCCCUCAUACUCAGCACUGUCAUCACACACUCACUAGAGAUUGUUCUGUGGGGUGCCAGUAAUAGUAGACUAGAAACCACUGUGACGCAUAGACAAAAUAAAGAAUAACACUGAAAUAUGCACCAUGACAUCACCUUAUCCCAAGCACUCUCAUCACACCCACACUGAGAUUGUUGUGUGAGGUUUCAAC